AUGGAGUCGCUUGCUAGCCCGUCUCCGUUUGCGGGGGCUACAGAUGUGGAGAUGGUUAUGGGGCUCGGGGAUGGUGAUGGUAUUGGAAACAGUAAGGUUGGUAAGAAGGUCGGGAAGGGUAAGGUUGUCAGAGUCGAAGGGAGAACGAAGUUUGCUAGACUCUAUCUGAUCGGAACCUGCUCGACGUUUCUCUCCGUUGAGGCUUUGAAGAUGGCAGUUGUAGACGCCAAAGGGGGAAAGGAUGUGGGUUCUUAUACCAAAGCUGUUGAAGCUUUGGCACGCGUAGCUCCGCAGGAUCCAGAAGCUAAGCUUGAUACUGCAUGGGUUGGUCAUACAUCAAGAGUGGUGAAAGCUGAGACAGAUCGGCUGGAGCAUGAGCUCAAGGGAUACAAGAACAACCUGAUUAAGGAAAGCAUUCGGAUGGGCAAUGAGGACCUGGGCCACCACUAUCAUCUCAUCGGGGACCUGCCAUCCGCCUCCAAAGCCUACUCUCGAAUGAGAGAAUACUGCACCACCACGUCCCACAUCGGGUCUAUGCUUUUCAGGAACAUCCACGUCGCCAUCGACCGCGGUGACUGGCUGGGCGUCCAAUCCAGCGUGCAACGUCUGCGCAAUCUUCAAUUCAAGCCCGAAGACGAGGCCAAAAACAAAGCCAAGAUGUUCGCCGCGCUCGGCCUAUCCCAGCUUGCCUCAUCCGCCUACCACUCAGCGGCAAUAAACUUCCUGUCCACGGACCCGAUCCUAGCGGACAACUACAAAGAAGUAAUCUCGGCCAACGACAUUGCAGUCUACGGUGGCCUCUGCGCGCUUGCCUCCAUGGACCGUGCUGACCUCCAGACCCACGUCUUGGAAAACAAAUCCUUCCGCAACUUCCUGGAACUGGAGCCCCAUAUCCGCCGCGCCAUCUCUUUCUUCUGCGCGUCGAAAUUCCGUCCCUGUUUGGACAUCCUCGAGGCCUACCGUGCUGACUACCUCCUCGACAUUCACCUCCAGAAGCACGUGCCCGUGCUCUACUCCCGCAUCCGCACCAAGGCCAUGCAGCAAUACAUCAUCCCUUACAGCCGCGUGAUGAUCGACACGAUGGUUAAAAUCUUCUCGCCAGACCAGGCUGCGCUAAUCAAGCGUGACGGAGGCACCAUAGACUUGCAGUCGCCGUUUAUUGUUGAGCUGAUCGAUUUGAUCCAGGAGGGCACGCUGGAUGCGCGCAUUGAUGUUGAGAAGGGCGUGCUUGUCACCAAGCAGACAAAUACGAGAGAGGAUGUGCAGGCGGCGGUGAUCCAAAACAUCAAGGAGUAUGUCAAUGCGGCCCACAUUCAGUUGUUGCGGAUGAAUAUUUUGCAUGCGGGCUUGGAGGUGCCUCCUGUUGGCGCUGAAGCGGAUGGUGGGCCUGCAGGUAUGCGUGCCAGAGCUGCUGCUGCGGAGUCUGCGAUGAGAAAGGGGUUUCCGCGGGGGAAGGGAUUGAAGGGCCCGUUUAAAGGGAAAGAUUGA